CGUAGCUGUCAGUAGGAAAUGCAGGCUGCUGCUGCUGGAUGUAGCUAGCGUUCUCCGCUGAGCGUGGACACACCAAACAAAGAAACCCCUUUUUAUUUCAGAAUGAAAACUGUCCUGUAGAAAGCUGCUCGCUUAUAGAGAGGAUUGUCUCGGAGAAGUCGUAAUGUCUCACUGAGAGGAGCAGGUGAGGAGAACCGGAGCAGUGGCGGGGGGAGCGUACGGGUAGGAACACCCCCUCUCUCUCCUCCUUCCCUUGGAUCAUCCAGGCGGACGGAUCACGGUGACACGCCGGCUGUGGGAGAGAUCAGAGUGGAAUCAUGGCUGAACUCUUCACGCUAUCCCCAUCACCCCCUGCGUUGGGUGAUCCUCAUGCAGCUCCAUCCGUCCCUCCAUCCUCAUCAGCAGCCCCCGCACCAGAGUCUGCCAGGGAGACGCCCACGCCCAGGUCUUCCCUCUACAACGACAAAGCUUUGACUGGAAACACUCCUGGAGCACAGUCAGCGGAGUUGAGUUCACCCUUAACUCCAAACCCAUCCUUGAGUCCUCCCAAACUCACUGCUGAGACCCCCCUCACUUUAUUGGUACACGAGGCUGCUCCUGCUCCACAGACAGAGGACUCGGCAGGGACGGUUUCAGAGACUGGAGCUCAUGUUAUUAAGCAGGAAACGAUGAGCAGUGACCCACCAGCUGCAGAGCUCUUUAAUACUGACACAGAGACUCCAGCACUGCCAAAUGAGCCGUCAACUCAGAGCGAAGUGCAACAGGCAUCCCCAUCUCCUGAUCUCAAUCCUGGUCCUAAUCUCUACCCCAAUGUGCAUGUCACACACAAUCCAAAUCCUGUCAGGGAUGAUAUUCAAUUUACAGUGGGUCAACCCCCCAUCGCUGUGGCUUCCAUUUCCACGCCUACUCCUGAAGAAUCAACCGUUACGGCUGCAUCAGCAACCGCAGAAGAGGAGAAACCUCAGCCACCUCAACAAGCACAAAACCCUGAAAGUCUGCCUCCUCCUGUCUCCCCGAAGCCUGACACUCCCAUUGAAGCAAAGAAAGCAGAACUUCCCAGCACCCCCACCAGAGUCGAACUCCCCAGCCCGACUGUCCCACUGAUCCAAGAACCAGCCUUCCCGCUGCCCAGCCCCAAACCCCGGCCGGCCCCUGACACCCUCAGCUACCUAGAGUCAGCCAGCAUGAUGUCGGGGACAUUGGAGUCUCUAUCUGGGCUCGGAGAGGACGGGAGCUCUGUGGGCUCAGACUCAGAGAUCAAUGGCAUGGCUGUCAGACGCACUGAUAAAUAUGGCUUCCUAGGUGGGACUCAGUACAGUGACACAGGUGAAAAGGAAGUUCGAGUUGAAGUAGCCAGACAAAGGGAGGUAAAGUGGCUUGAUAUGUUCUACAACUGGGAUAAAUGGAUCAAACAUCGCUUCCAGAAGGUGAAGUUGCGCUGCAGGAAGGGGAUUCCAUCGUCUCUCAGAUCCAAAGCCUGGCAGCUGCUGUCCAACAGCCAAGAGCUCCUGGAUGCCAACCCUGGAAAAUUUGAUGAGCUGGAGAGAGAGCCGGGAGAAGCUAAAUGGCUGGACAUUAUAGAGAAAGAUCUCCACAGACAGUUUCCCUUCCAUGAGAUGUUUGCUGCUCGUGGUGGCCACGGGCAACAGGAUCUGUACCGGAUCCUGAAGGCCUACACCAUCUACCGGCCCGACGAGGGCUACUGCCAGGCCCAGGCUCCGGUGGCUGCAGUGCUGCUCAUGCAUAUGCCUGCUGAGCAAGCUUUUUGGUGCCUCGUUCAGAUAUGCGAGAAAUAUCUUCCCGGCUACUACAGCGCUGGACUGGAGGCGAUCCAGCUGGACGGUGAGAUCUUCUUCUCCCUGUUGCGGCGUACGUGUCCAAUGGCGUACCGACAUCUUAAGAAGUUCAAGAUCGACCCAAUUCUCUACAUGACGGAGUGGUUCAUGUGCAUCUUCUCACGCACCUUGCCAUGGGCCAGUGUACUGCGUGUAUGGGACAUGUUCUUCUGUGAAGGGGUGAAGAUAGUGUUUCGUGUGGGUCUGGUGCUUCUGAAACAGAUGCUCGGCUCUGUGGAUAAACUGCGUGAAGUACAGGGCAUGUAUGAAACCAUGGAGCGUCUAAGGAACAUCGCACCUGACGCUAUCAGAGAGGACAUAUUGGUACAGGAGAUCAUCAUUCUCCCGGUGACGGAGUCGCUCAUAGAGAGGGAGUGCAACAUCCAGGUGAGGAAGUGGAGGGAGUCCAGAGGGGAGCUGACACACCAGCCCGCCCGCCGCCUCCACGGUACGAGGGCCAUCUUCGAGUACAAACGCCGCGCCGCCUCCAUCAGCUCCGGCGGCAGCUUCUCGUUCCUGGGAAGCUCGAUCCCGCCGCCCGGACCCCUCCGGGCCUCAUCCAGCCUGCUCUCACUCCCUGGCUUCCGCAGGUCAAAGGCUCCUUUUCAAACCAAGAAGGGCUCCUUCUCGGGGCCCUCUGGGAUGGAGGGCCUGACGCUUAAGACAUCAAGCCCGGAGCGAGGCCCCAGCCAUAAGCCACCUAUUCCUCCAGGAGCCGCUCAGAGGGCACCGGCACCCCACAUUCGGAGCCCCUUAGUCGGAGGUGCAUCUGGCUCAUCAUCUGGGCCGACUCAGGCGUCAGAGAACCCCCCAGCACAGAGCCAGUCUGCUGCUUCAGCCCCAACAGGAAGCCCAGCACCACCGCCCAGCACUCUGUCCCCCUCCCCGAAGAUCGUCUCCGAGCAAAUCACUCCCAACCUCCCCUCUCCUACGGCGAAUAACACCCCUCUGACGCCAAUUCAAGAUUCAAAAAAAGAAGCGGCGCCAGCGGCCGACGUCCCAGCCGGAGAGGAAGAGGUGAAGAAGAAGAAGAGGAGCAAAGAAGACAAGAAGAAGGAAAAGGAAGAUGACAAGAAAAAAAUGAAGGAGAAGAAAGAGAAGGACAAGGCUGAAAAAGAGAGGUUCAGGAAGGAGAAAGAGAGGCUAGAAAAAGAGAAGAAGAAAGGGGGGAAGAAAAAGGACAAAGGGGGAGGAGAAGCGGAGGACAAGAACGGAGCUGCAGCAACAAGAGAUUCGGCCUAGUUCCCCACUCGUCAUUCCAGGAUAAAGAAAAGGGACGCUGAACAAAAGAACAGGUCAGGGGAACAAAAGACCCCCAGACACAGAACGAGUGAUUAAUAAAAAAGAGAUGGGGUGGCUUCAUGUACAACACAUCAUUUCAAAGACUUAAUGUAGUCCUAGGACUAUGGUGGAGAAAACUGGAUCUUGGUUUUAAUAGCACCUCGAGGGGCUUUUAACCGUCGCUCAAUGCUUUUUCUUUUUCACCAACUUUUAGCAAGAUGGGACAAAUUUCCUUUUUUCAACUGGAGCAUGGACUGUGAAUUACAGAUUACAGUCUUUAUCUCUUUUAGUUUUUUAUUAUUUUACAAAUUCUUCCUCAUUUUUAUUAUUUUAAUCAGAUUGAUGGCAGUGUUUAGAGAAAUAUUGACUCAAAGGAUUGUUGAACUGAAGGUUUGCAGGAAUAGUGACGGUGCCAUAGAGUAUGUAAAUAUAAGGUCUACCUAAAGCACAUAGGAUCCUGUUAGCACUCCACAAGCCCCGUCGUUUCUCCUCUGUGGACUCGUAAUCUCGAUGCCUGCGACAAACAGAAAAAGAAAACCCUUUGAAGUCGUCUCAAACACAGGCACUGAAGGCAGAAAUGCUAGUAAUGUUGUUGAGGAUGUAUUUAUUGUCAUGUUAAAUGUUGUGAGUGAGUGUGUGCCUUAGUAGUGUAGUGAAAUGUGUUACUGUUCUGUGUGUAGCCUCCCUGUUUUCAGUCUCCCUCUGGCUGCUUUUUUUUUUUUUUUAAUCCCUGAGUGGUUCUCCCCAAAUUCUUCUUUCAGUGGAAUAAAUCUGAAGGGGGAAAUGGCCGAAAACAGGGCGAACUUUAAGAAUACAACCAGGCACCGUGAAGUGUAUGUGUUUUGUUUUUUUUGUCUCUGACAAAAGAAAACACAGGGAGCUUUUUAUUGUUUUUAUUUCAAUUUAUUGUGUCUGAGGUUGAAUUUUGCAAAAAAGCGUGCAUAAUUGAUAAACUAGUUGCGUGACAAUUUGCAAUACCCAGCAGUGACCGUGCACGAGUCCUGCAGACCAAAUCUGUAAAAUUAGUAUUAUUUUUGCUUCUGACGAACAAAAUUCCUCCGUGUGUGUUUUUAUUUAGCCAAAUUUCAGCAUGGGUGAGAACACGAGUUCAUGAGCCCAUUAGAAUGUGAUUUCAAGUUUCUUAAAGAGAAUGAAGGAAGAUUUUGGCACUUGUGAUUUGGUCACAAAGUACCACUGAAGUCGACCACUCCGUUAGUGUAGUGACGUAGAAAACGAGAGUCUCGGCCGGUUUCAUGGUGUGAAAUCUGCCUGGAGGACCUAUAGGAAGCCACUUGACUGGAGGUGCCAGGUGUGCCAAUGUAGCAUUAACCUCUGAUCUUUGACCUUCGGGCUCUGGUGUAUUUAUGUACAAAGUGGUUAAUUUAAUCAAAUAUAGUAUAUUAUGAAUUAUUAUUAUUAUUAUUUUGCAUCUGACUAUUUUUCUAUGUGAGUGAGAGACACCUGGUUGACUGGAACGAUGGCCGACUACACGCAGUGUGGUUGCAGGGGGAUCAUCUAUGUGUUUAUUUUUAGUUUAUUUUCUUUGCACGCCAAGUCCUCUGCUUCUACACCACAAAACUCAAUGCAUGUCGUUGCUAUUAUUUAAGUUUAUUGUCACUGUUGGUUUGGUCAGCUAAAGGUUCACGAGUCUCCGGUUUACUGAAGUGCAGUAUUAAACAGACUUGAGUAACGGGCCUCCGACGGAGAAAACAGUGAGCCGAGUCGUUCAGACAGAAUUUUUGGGAGUUGAAGGUCUUAAUCGUACUGUAUAAUAUACUAAAAAGUGAUUUAUGAGCUUUGAAUCGUUCAUUAAUUGGAGAUCUUGAGUAUGUCUGUCUCACCAACUUGUGUUGUAACACUCAUGAUGACUUAAGGACUAACUCCCUAACCUAUUUACACUCAGUGUUCUGUACUGUAACAUAUUUAUGCAUACGUUUAACUGCACUGAACCCCAUCAGUAUACGAUGAAUAGUGCCAGGUAGUUAGUGUAAAACCAUUUGAUGGCAAAAAAAAGCAUUGAUGCUCUUUAACUGUACUGUUUUUGUAGUUAAGGAUUAGAGGGACUUUCGUGUAAUUGUAGCCAACAUAUGUCCUGCAUUUUCAACGUUUUUUUUUCACUUAAACUUGUCAUUUAGAUUUAUAAACAUCCUCCUCCAUCCUCCCUCCUUUCUUUUGACACCGGUGCAUUCAUAGGCACAGAUUAGUGUAGUGUUAGUGACGAUAACCUGAACACAUCUAUGCAAACCCGCCUCCAUCACGACCGCUGAUGGUGCGCGGUGACAGCAGCACUGAUUUAAACCUCCUGAUCUUCAGGAUCAGUUUGGUGCCGUGGGAAGAAAUAAUUUUGUGCUUCAGUCGCUUUUUUUCUGAGCACGCUUUCAUUCCCGUGGGAUACAAUAUUUUAUGAGCAAUACUUCCUCGCAGCUCAUGUCUUGGUGAUAAUGUAAUUUCUCUUAUUUCAGAGGGCUCGAGAUGCCUUGAUGAUCAAAACUAAUAAUCUCGCUAGCUUGUGGAAUCAGCACUGCAAUAUUGAGGACGAAUCAAGAAAUCCAUUUCUAUCAGGUCCUUUGCGCAUUUCUGCAUCGAUCCUGAAACUGUCGUUCUUGAUGCAAGUUGAUUGAGAAUGACUUCCCACUAAUGCAAAACGUUUUAAGAAGCAUUUCAGCUGUUUGUUUGUUUUUUUUCUCCCCCAUGCCGUUACAUCUUUUGUGUUUUUAAGUUUACAUUGUCACUCUCUCUGGUGAAAGUGAAAUAAAAUCAUAUAGCUAAUUGAAUUCAUUCCUUCAGAUCUACAACUGAUGUAUUUAAUUGAUGAUGAUAAUGACAUUUGUGAUGAGUAAUAAACCAUAAUAUAUUAAAUCA